GGCUUGUGGUGCUUGGACGAACCAUGCAGGAGUCCUUCGCUGUCCACUUCCUGAAAGUGCUGAAGGAGCUCCUGGCCUUCGUGCUGUUCAGUUACACGGUGCUGAUUGGGGCACUGCUCCUGGCUGGCUGGACAACUUACUUUUUGGUGCUUAAGUGACAGCUCCCCUCUAUCUUCUCUGGCCACAGACUAGUCCAGAAUGUGCAACAGUCACCACCAAGUACCCUGCAGCUGGCGUCUGCUCAACAAAUAGAAUGUCAGUUCCUUUUGGCUCCACAAACUUUGCAAGUCUUUGUUUUAUUAUUGGCUAAAUACAAUCUUAUUUUCUUAUGUAAAACAAAAAAUGAUUAAAAAACACCUUGC